CACACCUGGACUCAUUUGCCCGUGCGCAGUGGGUUAAGAACCCUGGGACUCCGCCAUUUUGGACGCCAUCAGUGUCACGUAUCAUCAGGAGAGAAAGGGCGAUCUUUUCUGCACAGAGUCUUUUUUAUCCACGUAGCCGCAUUGCUGUUUUUGAAAAUCUACGCCGCAAGGCUGAAGAACGCUAAAGUUGGACAAGAAGCGCCACCUUACGGACUCCAUCAUGAGUCGUUCUUCCAGAUUCUUCCACUCCGCCAUAGAUUUUCUACAUGGCCUGCACAACAGGGUUAAGCAUGUAGUAAAGCCAAUCGCAAAGGCCUCCAAGCGCAAACCGAAAGCCGUCCGACGCCUAUCCUCCGAGUCUAGAAACACGGCAGCGACGGACGUGCCCGAGGAGACCGACAACACCACCCCGAUCACGAGGCUGGUGUGUCAGAACUGCGAGGCUGCGAAGAUAGCCCAGUCCGUGGCUUCCGGCAGGAAACUGGACGUCACCUGUAAGACUGCCCUGGGAACGUGCGUCGUCGGCGGGCUAGUCACCCCACCCAAACUGGAACGAGAGCAGUCUAAUAGAAAGUGGAUUCCAAAGGUUACCAAACACAAGAGGAAGAUGAAGAAAGAGGUCGCUGCCAAACCGACGUCACAAGCACCCGACAUGACACAAGGAACGGCCGCUGUUGCCAUCAAUGUCCAGCCCCCCUCUCCCCAGAAGGUGACGUCAGGAGGAGGAGGAGGUUGUUGUGGAGGAGGUUGUGGUUGUGGCUCGUCCCAGAACACGGCACCUCCGAUCUCCAUCGCUACACCUACCCGCCGGCCUGACGCCUCCGCAGCGACUGCACUGGCGACACCAGGCGGCAAGGGGGCGCUGCUGGCCGUAGCCACAAGAACACCUAGGAAACCUACACUGAAAGUUCUGUCUACACCGAAGAACACUCAGACGGGAAGGCUCGCCACCCCUUCUUUACGGAGACGGAGUGCCACGCCACGUCGGAGUCCAAAGCUUCGACGAGUAGCCCAGGCGGGGAGAGCGGGACGGACGGCUACCAUGGUGGGGUUGGGAAGUCUGAUGGGCGCGCGGGCGUUUGCAGGAGGGUCUGUAGCCUUUCUGGGUAUCAACCUGUCCACCACAGGUACACAAGGCUCUACUGUACAGUCGGCGAACUCUCCCAGACUUCUCAUAGUUGCUGACAAGACCGACGGUCCAGGUACGCCUGGAAGAUCUCCAUGGCACACACGUCCAAGGACACCGUACCACGGCCACAUCAGAAGUGUUACCAAGGCGCAGCUUCCUUCAACUUUCUCAAGUCCGCAUGUAGAGAACCUGAGUGACCGUACACCCUCGCAUCAUCAGCUUCUCUCAUCCGGUCUCAAAACACCCAAGAUGCGAUCACCUCUUGCUAAAACUAUCAGCCCUAUCUCCUUCGACUCUACCCACACACCUAUCAAGAACACCCGAAUGAACGUCUUCGAGGGGCGAUUCACUAAGAGCCCGCAGAUGUCAUACCGCUCCACACCCCUGGGGACGAGAAGGAAGCCAGACCCGGUGAUGUCUUUGUCGUCCGCGAUCAAAGCUGCCGGGAUCACCGCCAAGUCAGCAGAUGUAUCUGAUCUUGAGGACGUCUUUGAGCCACCGAUUGACUUGGCGACAAUCACUGCAGAAGGCAUCAACUACACCAAAGAAGUCAUGUUCCGUCAAUACGUGUAGUUAACUUUGUAAAUUCUUUUAAGACAGUACGAUGAUUUAGACUUUGAGUAAUACCUUAAGCUAUGGUAUUUGAAUAGUCAUACAUAGGUACAGAUUAUACUGCAUAUUGAGACGUAAUAUUGAGACCAAAGUAACAGUAGUUAAUGACGACAUAGACAGAGUGCCUUUUAAUUGCUGUCAGUGAAGCAAUAAGAUAUGCAAAUAAAGCUUAUUUGUAAGUUCUUACCACGACAAGUUUUUAUUCAAAUGCUAAAUAUGUUAGCUACAUUAGUGUGCUUAUAGGUGGUUUUUAUUCAUCUGCUUUUAUCAAUCAUUUUAUCUUCUGAAUAAAUGUUGUUUCUAUACAGCA